CUUAUAAGCACACUGUCGAUUGCCAUGGAGUGCACAAAUCAAUUAGCUACAAAAAAAAAUGACUCCUUUUCUCCUCAACAUGAUCUUCACCAUUCUCCUCUCCUCCCUCUUCCUGUUCCUCUUCGCCGCCUUCAAAAGUAUACUCAGCCGCCCCCAUCGCUUACCUCUACCGCCGGGCCCUAAAGGCUGGCCGCUCCUCGGCUUUCUCCCUAAGCUCGGCCCAAACCCCCACCAAACCUUCCACCGCCUCUCCAAAACCUAUGGCCCUCUUCUCCACCUCCGCUUCGGAGUCGUCGACGUCGUCGUCCCCUGCUCAGCCGCCAUAGCCGAAAGGCUCCUGCGCAACGACAUGAAAUUCAUAAACCGUCCAAAGAACUCAGGCGCGGAGCACAUAGCUUAUAACUACCAGGACAUCGGCUUUCUCCCCUACGGCCCCCAAUGGCGCAUGCAGAGAAAGCUAUGUGCGCUUCAUCUCUUCUCCGGCAAGGCCUUGGAGGACUUCCAAGAUGGACGCCGUGAGGAAUUCGCGAGACUGGUGCGGCGCCUCGCCGCACAGAGCGUCGAGGAGGCGUCGGCGGCAGCGGACAUUAGCACGGAGGUUGCGGCGUGCGUCGGCAAUUCCCUGUCUUUGCUGCUGCUUGGGCGGAGAGCUUUCGACGAAGACCCGAAGGAGGGAGAAGAACUUAGAAAUAUGGUGAUGGAGCUCAUGGCUCUCACCGGCUCCUUCUGCAUAUCUGACUUUGUGCCCGGACUCGGCUGGCUCGAUCCACAGGGAUUAAUAGCAAGGAUGAAGAAACUGAACCGCAAGUUCGACAAGUUUCUGAACAUAUUCAUCGCGGAGCACCGAGCAGCACUGGCAGAGGCGACGCCAUUAAUGAGCGCAGCCGAAGAUGACGCGCAAUCUCGCCCUAAGGAUUUGCUUACUCUGAUGCUCCAACUUCAGGAAACAAACGAGGAGGAUGAAGGCGGCGCCAAGCUGACAGACACUGACAUCAAGGCAUUAUUGAUGGCCUUGUACGCAGCAGGAAGCGACAGCAACUCCUUACUGGCGGAAUGGGCUUUGGCCGAGCUGAUCCGUAACCCAAUCAUUCUAAAACGAGCCCAAGCAGAGCUGGAUUCUGUCGUCGGACGGGAUCGUCUGGUAUCAGAGUCAGACUUGCCGAAGCUACCUUUGCUGCAGGCCAUCGUAAAGGAAACGCUCCGCCUCCACCCGCCGGCUCCCAUUUCCCUCCCUCGCGUCGCCGUCGAGGAUUGCGAAUUCGAUGGCUACCUUAUUCCCAAGGGCACUACGCUGCUUCUCAACAUAUGGGCCAUCGGACGUGACCCGACGGUCUGGCCUGACGACCCGCUGGACUUCCGGCCGGAUCGAUUCCUGCCGGGUGGCCUCCAUGAGAGUGCAGAUCCGAAGGGUAGUUAUUUCGGGUUUCUGCCGUUUGGGACCGGGAGGAGGAUGUGCGUGGGCAUGAAUCUGGGCCUGCGCAUGCUCAGCCUCAUGACCGCCACAUUGGCGCAUUCUUUUGACUGGCAUCUACCGAAUGGCCAGAAGCCCGAGGCUUUGGACAUGGAGGAGAAGUCCAAUGGGCUGUCUUUGCUCAGGGCUACCCCCCUCAUGGCCCGGCCUGUGCCCAGGCUUAAGCUGUGGGCUUACGGUUGAAGAUUUAGGGCAAUUGUAACUUAUUGAAUAAUCUGCUAAUAAGUCAAGUGGCUAUUAUAAAUUUUCAUUUUUUUUUGAAAAAUCAAAUCGCUGCCAGAAAACUGACACCACCUAGAUAUGUGCAAUGUGAAAAUAUUGUUUU